AUGGUUCGUCUAACGGUUGAGUUGAUUGACAACGCACCGCAGUUCAUCAACACUGUUCGAGAACGGGAACUGAACUUGCGUGGUUAUAAGAUACCUGUUAUUGAGAACAUGGGAAUCACAAAGGAUCAAUUUGAUGUCAUUGAUUUGACAGAUAACGACAUUAAGCGACUAGAUAAUCUGCCGCUGCUGAAGCGGUUGCAUACUCUCUACCUACACAAUAACAGAGUCCAGUAA